AGGAUGCAGAGCAAGAACUGAGACGGGAUAGAGGUAGAUAGCAUCAAAGAGAAGACAGUUGCGAGUGUGUGUGUGGUGGUAGGAAGAGGGUGGGGGAAAUAAGAAGUGGAGAAUUAGUGAGGGUGAGAGGAAGAAAAUGAGAAGGUAUGUCGUAGUGAGAGUGGUGGAGAGAGACAGACAGAGAGAGAGAGAGAGAGAGUGAGAGAGGUGGAGGUGUGAGGAUGUCUGUGAAUGGAAUGUGCGGGAUGUAACGAGGAGCAUCGGUGCCAUUCUGCCAGUGCCAUGAAUCUAAGUGGUAGCUCCACUUUCCUGGGAUUCUCUUUGGGAAAUAAUAUGCAAGGUAGAAGCCACAUGGACACCGAGGAAAAAAUACAAAGAUUUCUUGAAUUGAUGGGGAGGUAACAACGGUGACCUCUGACCUUAUCCGCCUGAGGUUGUUUGACCCAAACUGCGACUGGUCUUAUAACAGUUUCAUCUACGUCCCCCAAAAAAACACCAAAACAAAAAGCAAAACAAAACAAAAAAAAAUCCCUCCCUGUCAUCUAAAAUUCUUCUUUGCACCAAAUUCUUCUAUUUUGUUGGUUUAGCCAGCGGUCAUGUAUUCUAUGUCGCAAACCACUUUAGCCGAGCGAGAGGGCCGAGAGAAUCAAACACACAGCCGCAAUAGCUCGGCGCCGUUUGUUCGGACACAUACAUUGACCUCUGGCAGGAUGGCCAGUUUCUCAGAAAAUGGAAAGUUUUCGCAUUUAGAGCACCGGUUGAAUAACACUUCACAGACCUCAACCGGGGUCGAGAAUGAUCAGAGUUGCUGCACUGACAGAAAGAGGGGGACUAAGACAACUGUGAGACAUUCCAAUUUCCAGUCUGAACUGGAUUCUGUACUUAAAGCUAGAUCAACUCCGAUCAAGAAAGCACCACAAAUUCCGGCCCUUAGAGGUAACCCUAACAAUCCGAACUCUUCUUCCACUUUUGAAACCAUUCCUAACUCAUCUGCAGGUAGCAUUAGUAGUGUAAAUAGGAAACAGUCACCAGCCCAUAGCCUUUCAGAUCAACCCGUAUCAUUUAGAGUAGCAGCCGCACCUGUACAAACGCAUGCUCCUCCUUCACCCCUACCUCCUCCGCUUGACCUUCCCCCACCGCCGAAUCUCCCCCGCCUCUCAGGGCCCCACCCACCAACUCGUAGUGCUUCAUUGAAUGUCAAAACAGGUCAAAUGUCAAAUAAUUUGAACAGCUCCCCAUUUCGGCAGUCUGGCCGUGCGAGGUCUUCAACGAAAGGGAGCCACACGAGUAGCAUCUUGAGGUCUGGCUUUUUGGAUACGUCAGAUCUGGAAGACUGUCGGACACCCGAGAUCAGUGAACUGAAUUUCUCUAUAGGACACGGUACACCCGUUGCAUCAGAAAGCGGAUCAAGAAGCAUCCAACAGCCUGCCCCCUCAGUGGAUUCAAGCAGGUUUGCCUUGACUUCAAAACCAACAAGCAAAAUCGAUGAGCCCAUCCCAGUGUAUCUGAAAUGCCAGACUUGGUGCAACAAAAUACCUGAUGCUGGAGGCAAAAAGGCACCCGUCCCUCAACCAAAAAUGAGUGAAGAAUUGCGAAACAUUGAAUCAUUUGAGUCAGCAAUGUUGGACUGGUUUCAGACUAUUACACAGGCAAAUGACACAGAUGACUUAAGAUCAGAAACGUCAGUGAGUUCUGUUGGUUCGCGCAAGUCCGAAUGUCGGCUCCGGUCAAUCAUAUCCAACCGUUUCCAAACAUCAGACCAAAUUGAGAAUGUUCUCACUGAUUUACUGGCUGUCUCUGAUCAAUAUGCACAGCUGACUGAUUCAGAGUCUAUAGGCCCAGCAGCUUUGGAUCCUCUGGAAUCAAGAUAUCGAACUUUUGGUCGCAAGCCUGGUUCAGCUCCCCGGUCCCGAAUGUUCCGAAGAACUUCUGGAUAUCGAAGCGGGGAUAUGUCUGAAACAGAGUCCGAUUCGGAGAGACCUGCACAUCCAAGUAGUUACAAGACCGUCUUAUCCGAACUUCAGGCAGUUUUGAGGAAAAGAAAAGUCACACCGAAAACGCCGUCUGUGGAAUCUGGUUUGGGUUCCUCUGAAAAUUCUAUGAAAGCUACCUCUGAGACCAUGUCACCACCUAUUUCCAGGCAGAGCAAAGCUUCAACCCCUCCUGCUCCACCUCCUAAACCUCAGAUGGCAAAGGUACAUGAAGCUAACCCAGAUUCAGUCCAAACAGCCAGUAAAACCCAACGACGGCCAUUAGUGAAUCCAGGUGAUUUUCAAGUUCUGCUGGGUGAAUUAAGCACAGCAUGGUCUAAGCGUCUCAGAAGAAUACGGAAAGCUCAGGUAGUCUCACAGAGAGGAGGGGAAAGUUCACUGUAUGCCAACUUCCAAGGGUUCCGUGUCCCUGAAACUCUGGCCAGCGAUACAUCAUCAAAAUAUAAGAACUUUGAAGGUGUUCGGACUCCAGCUGAAUCAAUAGCUGAAGAAGAUGCUGAAGAUCUAAAAAAUUAUGAGAGUUUCGAAGCAAGAAAAUCUAAAUUUAUGGCUAACAGCUCAUCACGUCAAUACGAAAGUGAUCAAGAAUAUACAAGACCUUCGUUUGGCAGAAUUCGGGGUCCUGGCAUGAAUAAUGACAUGGUGCGGCCCUCGAGGGUGUCUGUCAGAAAGCAAGCAUUCCAGUCUCCAAAUGAAAACCAGUCAAGGAGGAAACCUGAUCUGGAGACGUGUUCACUCCAAUCUUUUAGUGUCCGGCCUAUUUCCAAAAUGCAGAACAAUGUUGGAAGUGCUGUUGUCAGUGAUAAUGAAUUUGAUGAUCGAAAUGAGGGUUUUCGGAGGCAUCGGUCACGGCAUAACCCUGAACAACGUCGUAUAUGGCAAAACAUUGAGUAUAUUCAGGUUAAUUCACGACAGACUCCUUCAAGACAUGGUUCUGAGCAAAGUCUUCCACAGCUAAUGACAGAAUCACAGGGUCGGCCACGACGGCGUGAACGUACUCCCCAAAUUGUUGAAAACCAGUCUUCCCAGCAGCCUCUUCAACAUUCUCAGUCAAGAGAUGAUGUCAGUUGCUCUUCCCUUCACCUUUCUAGGGAUGUUUCAUCCAAACCAAAAGUGGAUGAACAGAUCCCCUCUCCAGAAGAUAGCAAGGAACAACCAAAGCAUGAAUCUUCUACAGUAUUAACAUUGUCCAAUAGCAACCAAGGUCCAAAAGUGAAAGCAGUCAGUCAAAAGACAGACACUAAAUCUGAAUUUCAUAAAAGAAUUGAGCAAAUUUCAGCUGAUGAUUCCAAUAGAUCUGCUGACCCAGAAGCAAGGAAAUUCUUGGUAGCUGGUGUAACAGAUGUAUCAAAGCAGCUACAGUCUGCAAUUUCUGAAGCAACAGAGAAACCAGCACCACCAAGUAUGAAGUUAUCUCCACCAGUUAAUCAGAACAUUGAACCCACCAAGGCACCAAACACUGAUCAUAUGAAUGUUGGGGAGGAAAAGGAGAUUAUUUUAGAAAGGCUACAGAAAAUUGGAGAUGCUAAAUUUGUCAGCAAAGAAGAACUCCCAGAUUUGCCAAUGGAUAUUGUUAAAGCCAGUGCCAUGAUAGUAAAACCGUUAGUUACAUCCAAUCUGAAAAAAUUAAUUGGUGGUGGAAAGGAAGAAGAGAAACCCAAAAGCUUGGGAAAGUCUGAAGUAGUUCUUAAUUUCUCUGAGACAGCUGUGCAAGAGCAGACAGUUCUGUCAGAAUACGAAGACAAUGUCAUUUUGGGUGGCAUUGAAGACAAAUUAGUACUAGAAAAGAAACCAGAUACUUCUGAUGGAUUUGAUAUGGAUAACAGCAGAAUCUUGUCUGAAAUGAAUGUUGACCAAAAGAUAUCCCUGGAAGAGCCUAGUGAAAGUGAGCCUGUUAUCAGUGAGGCCAAAGUUGAAAUUACAUCUACAAAAACUACAGCCAUCACGGUACUUCAAAGUUCAGUCUCUGAAGAAACCAAAGCAAGUGAUACUGUAUUAAAGAGUGAAGGUAUUACUGAAGAUCAACAAGCAACAGAUGGUUUGGUGGAAGAUGCUGAAGAUCAAGUGACUUCAUCAAAUAUUUCUAUCAGUUUAGAUCAUCCUGUCAUAGGAAUGGAAAAUGUUGAAGAAAGUGACCAAGAAACAAAACACAAAUCUGAGACUGUUCUCUUCCUUCCUUAUACAAAAGAACCACAACAGAAUGAAGUCAGUGAACCUCAACCUGUCACUGUAGACAGUUUGAAGUCAUCAACUGUUGUCUUGUCUUCAAUAAACACAGAACAUUCCUUACCUUCUGAAAAUCUCCUCAUUGAUUCCUUAACAUACGAGAACAGUAAAGAACAAACUGAGAACUUAGAGGUAACACCUGAAGAAGCGAGUAGUAUAGAAGUUGUACCAAUGUCACAAGACCUGCCAGUGAUACAAGAUGCCAAGGUUUCUUCAGCACAAAUUGAAUUAGGCCAAUCAGAAGACAACAUCGAAGAAAUAACUAAUGUGUCUGUGACAUUAUCUCUGGGUGGAAAUUCUGAUUUAAAGAAGCCAGAAGAGUCAGUGCUUAAACCAGAAGAAUCACUGGUUAUACCAGAAGAAUCACUGGUUAUACCUGAAGAAUCACUGGUUAUACCUGAAGAAUCACUGGUUAAACCAGAAGAGUCACUGGUUAAGCCAGUAGAAUCACUGGUUAAGCCAGAAGAAUCACUGGUUAAACCAGAAGAGUCACUGACUAAGCCGGAAGAGUCACUGACUAAGCCGGAAGAGUCACUGGUUAAACCAGAAGAAUUACUGGUUAAACCAGAAGAAUCACUGGUUAUACCUGAAGAAUCACUGGUUAAACCAGAAGAGUCACUGACUAAGCCGGAAGAGUCACUGGUUAAACCAGAAGAAUCACUAGUUAUACCAGAAGAGUCACUGACUAAGCCUGAAGAGUCACUGGUUAAACCGUAUGAAAAAGAUGAAGAAAAGGAAUCUUUGGAUGUGAAACAAAUUUCUUGUGAGCAAGAAGACAAUCAGAUUGAACAUGACCAACUUGUUGAAGAGAACGGUUUGAAGAAGAGUGAGGCAGAAGGAAGCAAACAAGAAACAUCUGAUAUCUCUGAGAUAAUGGAUACGUUUGAUGACUUGCAGAAGGAAUUGAGAUUAAUGGAAUCUUCUUUGGAAGAAAACUCUGCAAAAGGUCCAACGAUAGAGAGUAUGCUUCAGGAGGCGUUGGUAAAGACGUAUUCAAUUGAUGUUCUGUCACAGUUGAAUCAAUCUGAUGAGGAUAGCUUUGAACCAGGGAUAAUCUGUGGUCAGUGGAUUAAGAAGGGGACAACAGUUAGAUCUGAAAGUUCAGUGGUGAAAGAGGAAUUCAGGCAUGAAACUCAAGUCAUAGAUUUUGGGGAAGAAUUGGUAAAUGCUGGAGACCUGGCAGAUUCUGUUUCAGAGCAAUUAGACAGUGGUGAAGGUGAGUUGAAAACUGAAAAUCUUGGUUUUGUAGAGCACGAGGAAUUUGAUUAUGUUCAGAAGAUCCCUAGUGAUUUCAUAGAAGAUGAAAUCUAUGACAAUGUUCCAAGUGUAACAGAGGGUUCCAUCCCAUUUGUAUCUGCUGAAUCAAAGUCACCUGAUGCAUUGCUAACGAAGGAGGAAGAAGAACAUGCAGAAAAAAUGAUUCCCAGUAACAUAAUGUCUAUGGAGACUGUAACAUCUUCGAGAACAUCAUUUGUCUUGGAGGAAACAUCUGUUCCAGCUGUAUUAGAGUUUGAGGCAUCCAUUUCAGGGCCAACCAAUUUGGAAACCUCCGCUCAGGCAACAGCAGGACUUGAACCAACGUAUACCUUGACACCAUUAGAGCAAGACAGUUGUAUUGUGGAACCAGCUCCAAUGGUAACUCAUAGAGGGAUGGAGCCACCUACAGAGGUGUCAACAAGGCUGGAAUCAUACAUGGAGUCAUCAGCAGACCUGGAGUCGCAUAUACAAACAUCAAUAGACCUGGAGUCAUGUACAGAAACAUCAGUAGAAUUUGAUUCACCUUCAGUAGAAUUAUCAGAAAAACAGCAAGCACCCAUCGAUGCAUCUGCAGAGCUGGAGAGGCUUAGAAUGGCACUGGCACAGAUGGAGCCAUCAAGUGUGAUACCUCCACAGAUGGAGCCAUCGUCUGAGGCACAAUCACAACUGGAGGCUCUUAGAAUGGCACUGGCGCAAAUGGAGCCAUCAAGCGCAACACCUCCACAACUGGAGUCCCCAAGCGCAGUACCUCCACAACUGGAGCCGUCGUCUGAGGCACAAUCACAACUGGAGGCUCUAAGAAUGGCACUGGCACAAAUGGAGCCAGUAAAUGCAACGCCUCAGCAACCAGAGCCAUCAAACGUCACGCUUCCACAGUUGGUGCCAUCAGCCACGGCACAGUCACAACUGGAGAAACUUAGUAUGGCACUGUCACAAAUGGAAUCAUCACCUGCAGCUCUCCCACGGCUGGAGCCAUCGGCUGUGGCACAGUCACAGUUGGAUAAACUUAGUUUGGCACUGUCACAAAUGGGGUCAUCAUCAGUGGCAUCUUCACAGCUGGAGCCAAGAACAGUGGCAUUAUCUGAAUUGGAAUCAUCCAUUGAGGCUGUACCAACGGAGUUGCAGCUGUGUACCAUGCAGGUAACAGAGGUGGAGUCGUCUACCACAGGAACAGUGGGGGUGUUCACUUUAAAAGAGCAACAGCAGAUUCCUGAAAUGGAAAAAUCUCUUCCAUUAACUGAUGAGGUUGUUACUGAAGCUGCACUUUUGGUUGAUGCCUCAAACAGUGAACCGCUUGAGAUUCCUGUUGAAAUCCAUGCUGAGGUGUCUGUUGCUGAUGAGCAGUUAGUACCAGAUUUGGAACUGACCGAGACACAACCCGUCUCAGCAACUCCCCUUCAUAAACUGCCCCAGGAAUCCACUGACAAUGAUCCCUUGUGCAGCUCUGAAGUAACAGUAACAAAUCAAGCUGUUCUGGAUGAACGUCUGACCCCUUGUUAUCCUGAAACACGUGAUGUGCAGAAUGUUGCAGAACAGUUGGUGCCAGAAGUGGCAACGCAUCAGGCAGAGAAGUUUCCAUUGUUUACAAUAGAAACUGCACAGCCAUCAUAUGAACCCGCAGACUUUGUGGCACCCUCUGAAAUAUUAAUAGGUGAAGCCGAGUCUGAGACACAGGAAGUGUCAAAGGCACUUGAGGAGCCUGAAAUAUCUAACUUGGCAGCAAAUGCACAGGAAGGGGUUGCAAAUGAUUUUAGCUUUGAGACUAAACAUGUAACAGAUGAAAGUAAUUAUUUAGAAAGAAUUGAUAUAAUCAGUCGAGAUCUUCACAAUUUAAUGCCAGUUACCAAAGUUGACAUUGCUGAAGAAUUAACUGGCAAUCUCUCUGAUAGUUCUGAUGAGAUAUUUCAAGACACACUUUGCGACAAUUCUCCUAUGUUUCGCCGAAAAUACACGGAAAUUGUUCGUGCAGAAAUUGGAACCAGAAUGGAAACACUUCACACUUAUCAGAGAGACUUAUUGUUGGAAAUUGAGGAAGAUGAUGAUGAAGAAUUUGUUGAAGCUGAAGGAGAGGCUAUGUGCUGGGAGUCUCUGAAAGAGUCUUGGAAUAUCCAGGGAACUUUGGAAACUCAAACAACUGUAGAGAAGUGUGAUGAUGAUGAUGAUCGAUCUCUUCCGACCAUUUAUGAAGCAACUGAAGACCGAACGGAAGCUGUUGUUAGCAAGACUGUUGAUGUCUUUGAGGGAUUGGAAUCAGCUGCAAAUCAGUGUGUUGAGAACCUUGAGAAAACCUCCACAGAAUUGGCUCUGGCAGAAGCUGAUGAAAUAUCCAUCUAUUAUGGGGCUGAAGUGACUGAUUCUGCUGAGUGUAAGGAAGAACACGAUGUCCUUGACAAUGCUGUCAUGGUAGAAGGAGAUAAAGAACUUGUUGAAGCACUUCCUAGCUGUGAAGAACACGAUGUCCUUGACAAUGCUGUCGUGGUAGGAGACGAUAAAGAACUUGUUGAAGCACUUCCUAGCUGUGAAGAAAUAGAAGAUGAAUCAAAGACGGUUCAGCUAAAUGAAAUGAAACGAUCUGAAGCAAUUACUGACUUUGGUAAAAUAUCUGAGAAAGAAACAGUCACAGUGAAAGAGUUUGAAGAAUUUUCUGGUGAGCUAUCAUCUGAAACUCCUCUCAUGAAAUCUGAUGAGAGUUUUGGAAAUCUAGUGCAAUACUUGGAGUCAGAUAGCAUCAAUGAUCUUGAGGAAUUUGAGCGUAUUGAAUUGGCAUGUGAGGAACUUUCUAAGAACAAGCUUGUAGAUCUCCAAGACAUGUCAAACAAAGAUGAAUGUGUUGAAAAGACUGAAAAGCCUCACAAAGCUAACGGUUUAGAGGAAUCUUCAGACUCAGACACUAUGAAGAGCCAGCAGAUAAUUUUAACCAAGGAAUUAGAAGUAGAUGAGGGUGAUGAAUCUGCUGAUUUAAUGGUUGAUGCCAGUGAUGCAAUUAACAGAGUGAAGACCAAAGUCAGUGAACAAAUAUCUGUGUCUCUUCUGCAGAAUAACGAGGAAAUUGAAGUGGAAGAUCAGAUUGAUUAUUAUGAUUAUAUGAGAUUAAGGAGCUGUGAAGAAGAACAAGUUCAUGCUGCUCUCCACAGUGAGGGUGGAUUAUCUGAAAAUGGUGAGAUUAAUAACAAGGAUGGAAAAGUGGAACAUGGAAGAGAAGUUGCUCAGAAAAUAUCUGUUGUUACUUCUGAACAAAAUGUAGAAAUAGCUGCAUCUGCUGCACCGGGUGAUGCAUCGUUUGCAGAUUAUUGCAGUGAAGAUGUCUCUGAGAAUAUUACCAGAAGUGUUUGUAUUGACAAUGUUACCAGAAGUGUUUGUGUUGACAAUGUUGAUGUGGUGAAGGACAUCAGAAUGGAGUCUUAUUCCAAAGAUAGUGAAAAUGGUGAGGUACUGAAAAUCGAUGCCUUGAACUCCACCAAUCUUUCUAUUAAUGCUAAUGAGAUAUCUAUCACUACAACUACAGAAGCAAAUUCUAUUGAAGAAUCCAUCAGAGCAGAAAAUGGCUUGUCUGAAAAGACAGGUUUUGUUACAUCAGAAGAAAAUUCCACAGAGAUGGAACUGCUGGAAAUCUCUGCCAAACAAGAAACAUCUUUGUUGGAUGACAGCAGCAAUUUAAGUGGUGAAACUGUGAAAGAUAACCAAUGUGAUAUGGUGGUUGACAUCAGUGUCAUUAACAGUGAAGUUAAAGAAGAACAGAAGGUCCCAUGUCCAGUUGAUUUGUCUGGUGUUGAAACACAAACCCUGGUGAUCAAUGAAAAUAUGGUUUUGGAAUUGCCAGAAAUUGAUGCUGACUUGAAUGUCAGUUCUGAACAGUCUUCACCAGAAAGCAGUUCUUCCGUUUCAAUUUCCCAAACUGCUGACAAAGAAUUCCAACAAGACCAGCUUGAAGAUUUGAAAGACAACACUUCAGAAUUGUCUCAAAUCCAAGAGAAUAGUGAGACAACAGCCGUUGCCACCACAAAGAAGAAAAGGAGAAGGAAGGCAAAGAAAAACAAAAACAACAAAGAUAAACAUGAAACUCUUCUCACGGAAGACCAGGAAGUUUUGGAAAAUGGUGAUGCCAUAGAGCAAGAUGAAAUGACUGAGGAAUAUUCCGGAGAGUGUCUCUUGAUUGAGGACUCUGUUGAAGAGUUGUCUGUACAGAAGGUUUGUUAUUCCCAGUCUAGUACAGAAGUUCAUUCCACAGUUGCUACAGCUGGGGCUGAAUUUACUGAAUCAUUGACUUUAGAAAGUGAUGAGUCAGUGGAGCAUUCUAGACAUUCACCAGUUGAGGUCUCUGCAACUUUUUCACUGUCUGAUAUUGUGAAAGACAUUUCAAAGAAUGAAGAGGAAAUAACAGAAGAAAAUACUUCAAGAGAACAACAUCAAGCGAAUCAGGAUAAGGUAACUGAAACAACUUUAGAACAAAUAGCCAAUCAGAAUGAUACAGAAAAUCAUGAACAAACAGUAGAAACAAUUUCACAGCAGCAAACUCAAAUUACCAGUCAUGAUACGAUAACAGAAGUAACUCUACUGCAACAAUCCGGUCAGGAUGAAACAUCACAACAGCUAACCAUUCAGGAUGAAACAUCACAACAGCUAACCAUUCAGGAUGGGACAUCACAACAGCUAACCAUUCAGGAUGAAACAUCACAACAGCUAACCAUUCAGGAUGGGACAUCACAACAGCUAACCAAUCAGGAUGAAACAUCACAACAGCUAACCAUUCAGGAUGAAGCAUCACAACAGCUAACCAUUCAGGAUGAAACAUCACAACAGCUAACCAAUCAGGAUGAAACAUCACAACAGCUAACCAAUCAGGAUGAGGUAACAGAAAUGGCUACACAAAAACGAGUCAGUCACACAGUAACAGAAACAAUUUCACAAGAACUGACCAAUCAUGAGUUAACAACCUCAGAGCAAUUAGCCAGCCGUAACGAAGUGAUAGAAACCGAUUCACAACAAUUACAGCAGCUAAUCAAUCAUGAUGAAACAAUGCAAACAGUUUCCUUAGACUCUGCUGCUGUUUUAAGAGAUGAAGGCAUUUCUCAGACAGAGUCAUCUAGUUCUGUCGUUGAAGGGAAGAAACAGAAAACUGUGACUUUUGGUACAACUGAAACUGUUCAAAACAUUGAUAAUCGUUCUCUUCAAAAAGGCUAUGAAGAAGCAACAGAGUAUGAUUCAAAUUCCUUGCUAGAUACAUCCCACUGUUUCACAAUAUAUUUCCGUGAAAAUUCUGGAGAUAUACCAAAGUCAAAACUUCCUUCAUUGUCUGCAAGUCGAGGACAAAACUCUUUGCAACCACUUGCAGAAGAAUCAUCUAAACAAAUUCAAAACAGAAUUGACAUUAAUAACAAAUUAAAUUCACGUUUUCCUUCCAAGAUUCCUCGUCCAUUCAGUAAAACCAAUACUUCUUUGACACAGUCAUCAUCUUCCAGCUUUUCUGAUUCUUACAUGAAAAAAUCAAAUUUCCUCUCUGAUUUACCAGAUUCUUCAAUUGAUGAUUAUUUCCCUCGUAGAGAGGAAUCCAAAGUGAACAGUACUGAUGUAAUUAAACCAGAAAUGCCACCACCAUCAUCACAUUUUACCAUUUCAAAUCAAAUGGAAUCCAGUGAGGGCCCUCCACCUGUUCCACUACCUUUUAGGAUGCUUUAUGAUGAGAGUGAGCCUCCACCGAUACCAUCGAGGGAACUCAGAAGUUUGGAAACUGAACCGGAAAAUCUUCCAACCAAUUCUAUUGACACCACAGUGCCACCUGGUGGCCAAGAUGGUGUCACUUUGGUCAGAGAGGAACAGCAGCAAGAUAACACUGCCAACAAUUCUGGUAACUCAGACAACGGUGUUCAGUCUUCAAAUAAAUCUGCAAUCUACCAGCAGAAACGGUUUAGGGACUUAAAGCAUUUCUCAAGGAUCAGUAAUUUGACCUACAAUGAAGUCUUAGAACUCGAAGAGCAUGAGAAAGUAGAAUAUCUGAAAGAUUCUAGCACCGAGCAGCGCAUGCAGGAUUUACGGGAUUUCAGCCAAUUGUGUUCAACAGAAUCUGUUUUCUCCCGAAAAUCUGGCAGUUCUGAUUCAGGAAUUCAGACCAAUUUACGAGAGUCCAAGCAUUCCAGCUCCUCAUUAUCACUCCAGGCUUCGAGGACGUCAGGUUCAGGUUAUCGUAAAACCAAAAGGCUCUCAGACUCUGCUGUCUGUGUUGAUGGAACUGAAGAAUUUGAUCAGUCAAUGUCCACAUCCAUCCGUCAAACUAACGGAGAGACUGAAAGGUCCAACACAUUGCAGUCUGUGGGCAGACAAAGUCGAGAACCUAUUGUUUAUGGAAGGAUCAACAAAUCUAGAGAAAUGGCCCGUAGCUGUUACAGCCUUGAUUACCAAUUCAGAUAUGGUUCAAAAGGAUCUUCAGAUUUGGCCACCACUGCAGACAGGUCUUCUUAUCAUGGAAGCAGCCGAAAUGAUUCUGAAACUAACUUAACAGUUCAAAGGUUACAGGAUGCUGGCAUGUGCACGUCAAAUUUUACACCCGUCAAAAAGAACUUUGACGACAGUCAGUCAUUUAUGUCCACGGUGUCAUUCCUUAAGUCUAACGAAGACUCAAAUCUAUCAGUAAAUGAUACUGAGACCGAAUCUAUUUACGAGGACGUUUCCCUCUACUCAAGUUCAGAAUGUGACACGGCGUCAAUAAAACGCGAGAAAAAAUCCAAAAAGUUGAGUUCAAGGUUAAAGAAAUUUGGUAGCAAAUUGAAGUUUUGGAAAUAAUUGAUGAAGCAGGACGAAGAAACAUAAAUCUGAAGAAGGAAAGCACAAAACAAAGAAAAAACAAAACAAAACAAACAAACAAAGAAAAUAUUGUACUAAAUUAUAAUAUAAAAAUGAUAAUUCUUUUAAUGAAUUAAAAACACUGGUUUACCAUGGAGCUGAGUUCUAAACUGAUAAGGAAAAGAAAUUGGGGUGAAAAAAGAAAAAUUCUUGAUUCAUUGUAGCUUUUACAUAUACUUACCAUUUUUUGACAUGAAUCAUAUGUGAAGGUUUCUUUUUUGGGUUUUUUGAUGAAAAUGUUGCUUCUGUGGCAGAAAAUAUUUGGGCAAUCUUCAUAGUUGAUUUUUGAUAUAGAUAAUGUUUAAUUUUAAAAUUCACAUUUCCAACUCCUGUUUAAAAGCAACAGCAACAACAACAACAGCAAUAACUGCAACAAGUAGCUGCUACAUUUGUUUGUAUAUUGAGCUUCUGAAGUUGUCAUUAAAACUCCAUCAAUGGAAAAAAUAUUUUUAAAAAAAAUACACAAAAAAAAACAUGAUGCAAUGAAAUAAACAGAAAGAAAUGAGGCUUUCAUAAACUGUUUGAUUAACUCUUGCACACUUGUCAUCCCUUCCCCCCCCCACACACACACACCCUACAGCCAUCCAUCCAAACUUUUUUUUCCCCCAUACCUCUAUCUACCAACUUUAUAUGCUAUGACACACCCUUGUAUAGGCCUGUUGUGCUGUGAAUUUAUUCCAAGUAUUUCGGUUUAAAGCUAAAUAAAGGGGCUGUUUGAAUUGAAGCAUGUGUAAAUUUAAUCUUUACACACACUCACACACACACACCACACGUGAAAACGAAAAAAAAAAAAGGAAAAUACCUUGGCACCUUUGAUAUGAAAUAUACAUACAUGAAUACAUGUGUAUGUGUGUGUAUAUAUAUAUAUAUAUAUAUAUAUAUAUAUAUAUGCAUACAUACACACGUGUGUGUGUGUAUUUGUGUCAAUAAAUAUCUGUAGAAUCAAGUCUGUUGGAAGGAAAAGAUAAGAGGGAUGAUGACUGAGUUAUCCCUUCACUGAUGAACAGUUACCGCAUGUAUGGGUGGGUAGAUUGCUAGCUGUCUUCCUGUGUGGGGUGGAUGGGUGAUUGUAUAAAGAUGAUUACUGUUUUGCAUGUGUACGUGUAUAUGCUGGCUGUCUUGAGUAAAUUCCUUCUUACUUAGUUGACAGGCCCUAAAAAUUACAGUGAAUAAUAAUAAUAUAAUAAUAAUAGUAAUAAUGGUAAUAAUAAUAAUAAACCAGUUUGUGUUCAGGAAAUUGUUGGCUGAAAAGAAAACCCAUAUCUGAAUUGGGAUCAAUAAUAACAAUGGUAAAAGAAAAAGUAUAUGAAAUAAAAAGAUUUAAGCCCAAAAGAAAUUAAACCCCUCCCUCUCUAGGAUAUCAACCAGCUAUGCUACAAGAUUUCUGGCUUGGCUUUUAGAUCUGUUAUAAACUGUAGGUAUCUUCCUUUUACACCCCUGUCUUAGCCUCAGGUCAUACUAUAUCUAUCUAUCUAUCUAUCUAUCUAUCUAUCACUUACUCUCUCUCUCUCUCUUUAUCUAUCUAUCUCUCUUUAUCUAUCUAUCUCUCUAGCUAGCUAGAUAUCUAUAUCUUGAUUGGUUGAUCUUAUCUAUCUCUCUAUCUUUCUGUCUGUUUACGUAUGUUAACUGUAAUGAAAGGGGAAAAAAAAAAGAACUCAAUACUGGAUAUUGAGGAUAGAUAAUUUAAUUCAGUCAACUGGGAACUAAGACUAGCUGAAACUCUUGAGUAUCGUCAAAUGUUGGCAUGUUUGAACCAUAUUUGAACCAUAGGUCAACCAGAAUGGUCAGCUAGUUCAUUAUGGCUGGUUGAGUCAGUUAGUCUGCUAAAUGUUAUGGCGAGGUCACCCAGUUAACUGGACAUUAUGUUGUGUCUGGCUAGUUCGUUGAAUAAUACGAGACGGUCACCUAGUUGACUGAACAUUAUAGAGAGGUCACCUAGUUCACUGAACAUUAUUGAGAGGUCAGCUAGUUCACUAAACAUUUUAGUUUAGCUGGCUGUUCAUUACUGAAUAUUACAAUAUGUCUGGCUGAUUUGCAAGAAUGCUUGGUCUGGUCAACCAGUUCCCUGAACUCACUGGGCAAUGUAUGGCCAGUGGCUUCAUUGAACACCUUAUCAAUGUCCAUAUAUAUAUAUAUGCUGAACCCUGUACAGCUAUUUUUGAGACUUAUCCUGAGUACUCUUGUGAUGUGUCCACUGGAUCUUGUGAGACGGGUUGUACAGCACUGCUCAAUCUUAUGUUCUGUCCAACAUGUUCGCCAGGUUUUGUGGGCCAUUCAUUGGUGUUCACCAUAAGAACAGAAGGAGAAGGACACACAGACACAACACCAAUGAAUAUUAGAGAAGCAAGCCUUUACUGUAUGAUCUUAUCUUUUAUAUAUCUAUAUAUAUCUUAUUUUAAAGUUAUGUCCUAGGUAGAAGAGGGGGUUCAAUAGGAAGGUUUGCCCGUAACAGUAAUAUUAUUAUUAGUAGUAGUAGUAGCAGCAGUAGUAGUAGUUGUAGUAGUAGUAGUAGUAGUUGCAGUAGUAGUAGUAGUGAAAUACAAUUUAAAUAAAAACAAACGUAAAAUUUUAGAAAUGGUUAAUCUUUAUUAUUCUCAUUGUCAUCAUCGUCGUCAUCAUCAUUGUCAUCAUUAUCAUUAUUGUCCACUGAUUCACCACCACUACCGCUAUCGUAUCCCUUGCUCAUACUCACAAACAACUUGCUGCAUAUUUCUGCUGCAGUCUUUAUCUACCUUCCUUGAUUCUGGGGGUUUUAUUCUAUUUUUUUUUUAAACCCCCAAUUUAUUAGUGGGAUGGAGUUGUGAGAUAGAAAGAGAGCAAAGGA